UAUUAACAUAUGUUUUAGCGUUGUCACGUACUCAAUAGGUCAUCACAAAAAUAAUAGCAAUUGUCACCGCUGGAGCUUUCAAAUUGCCCUCUGCAUACCUAAACGUGACAAUUGUUUGUAAACAUGCCAAUAGUUAUAGCGGCGAGUUUUGUCAUUGCACGCGAAUAGGGCUGUAAGCUAGCCAUAUGAAUGCCGGCACUGUUUCCAUUUCAUUUAAUUUCAUUUAUUAAACAAAUUCAUUAGUAAAAUAAGAUAUUAAAGCUCUUUUAUAGUACAACAGUAAUUAUAAAGCACAAACAUAAAGCAACAAAAGGAAAACAAUAAGUAAAAAAAAUAAAAGAAAAAGAAAAAUACAACUAAUUCUAAGACUAAAAACUAACAUUAUUACUUAAGUAAAAACACAACGAGACAAACGUAAACAUGUGUUGAUAAAUACAUACACAUAUGAUAAUCCUAGCAGCAACCGGAUUCCAGCUUUCGCUAUCGCUAAAACUCCAUCGCAAAAAAAUACUAAAUGGAUUUUUGCAAUUUUGGGAGAUUUUUGCGGUUCGCGCUUAAAAAAUCAUCUCUAAAAAGUUUAAUUUUUGGUUCAUUUUUUUGGUGGGUUUUAGCGAUGAACAAAAUGAACCCGGAUAAAGUGAGUGAACAGAUUUUGACAGCUCAUCAGCUAAAAUGGCGACUCCAGCGUCUUUUCCAUUGCUACAAAUCUCCAUUGUUGGCUUAAAAUUCUGCGAAUUUGGCGACUAGAAAAAGUUUGUGCUAAAAAAAUAACGCGACAAAAAAGCAAAAUAUGGAAAACCGCAAUAGCAAAAGAGUGACGAAGGAUCAAAAAUAUAUGCUCGUUCAAUAUUUGGAGGAUCAUAGAGAAUUUGCUCACGACCGAUUCGUCAAUGGCACCGGGAGCAAAAGUUUAGCUGAGCAGUGGAACCACCUCGCCGAAAAAUUAAAUGCUUACGGAGGAUCCAUGAAAGAUGGUGAAGGAUGGAAGAGAGCGCGGGUAAAUAUGAGGAGCAAGGCCAAACAAAAAUCCCAAGAUUUGAGAAAUGCUAUGGAGCGAAGCGGGGUAAAUUCAUCAAUUACCGAAAAGCAUCUCAGUAACCUCGACGAGAACAUCAUUGGCGUGAUGACCACAGUGGCAGUGGUCGGUCAAAGAGAAGUUAGCGAGCCACUGAGAAGUUCCGGCGCAGUAACUAGCGUGGAAUUAUUUGACGCCUCUGUGGACCACUUUGAGAUAGAGUUUCUUGAAGGAGGCGAUGAGGAACCGCAAAUGGCACCGGAUGUGGUUCCUCAGGAUCCACUUCCACCACAACGUCGGGCUCCCAAACGCAAAAAUUACUCUUUAGAAGAGAGCAACGCCAAAAUGAUACAAUUAGAAGAACGCAGAGUCGUCUUGGCGGAAAGAAAAAUUGCGGCGCUGGAGAAAAGAAACUCUAUAGAAAAGAGAAAGGCCGACGUAUUGUCCAAUAUCUUAAAUAAAUUGGAUUUACUUCUACAAAGGUGAUUGUUCUCGGAGUGAUCGUAGAAAUAUAGAUAUUUGAGCUUUACGGUAUGUUGCCAAUGAAUUAUGAACGGUACUCAGACGUUUAUAUUUUGACGUUUAACUGAUUUUUUGAACUUCCAUAUUUCUUUUAUAAAAAUAUACCACAUCUAUCGUUGCUUUAAACUUUGUGCGAAAGUCGCGAAAAAUCAACAAAUUACGAAAGGCUGUGAUCAAAAUUUAAAAGCUUUUAUCAGAAUUAUUAGAAAAUAUUUACGUACGCAGAUAUAUAGCCUUCAAUUUCAGUUCCAUAAAAUGCAAGUUUGAAGUCGGUCGAAAUCCGCGUUUGAUUUUUCGAAUAUAUCUUUGGUUUAAGGUGUAAUGUACUUUCUUCAACAUAAAAAAAUGCCGACAUACUUUACCGCGAAAAAUUAACCGCGAAUUUUUACCGACUUCAAACUUGCAUUUUAUGGUACUAAAAUUUAAGGCUAUAUAAAUGCGUAGUAAAAAGUUUU